UACACACAAAAAAACACUCUCGUAAACUUUAGACUAUAGUGGAUAUUAAGAAACCCAAAUAACUGAAGAGAGAAAUCAGACCAGACUGAUCAUUUGAAUCUCCGGAAUGGGGGCGGGUUGGGCUUUGGCCCGCUCGACGACGACCAUCAAUGGUGUGUUGUUCGUGAUGGGGCUGCUGCUGACGUGUGCGAGCGGUGAUCGGAUAAAGGUGGGAGGGAAUGUGGGUUGGGCCCCCAACGUGAUGAACUACACCGAAUGGGCUGCCCAACAGCAUUUUUACGUCGGCGACUGGCUUUAUUUCGUGUUUGAUAAGCACUACUACAAUGUGUUAGAAGUGAACGAGACCAAUUACGAGUCAUGCAACGACAAGGAGUUCGUGACAAACAUCACGAGAGGCGGGCGGGACGUGUUUCUGCUGAAGGAGGCAAGACCUUAUUACUUCAUCAGCGGCGGAGGUUACUGUUGGAAUAAAUUGAAAAUGGCUAUCAAUGUCGAACAACGGCCGCUUGCUCCUCCCCCGCUGCUGCCUGUCGCUCAAUCCAUAAAUGGUUCGCCAUCGCUAAUGCCGCCUUCUAAACCCAUUGUCGUCUUCCUUGUCAUGGUUCUUGUUGCUUUAUCUACAUUUGUGUUCUGUUAAGCAUAAUGUGUGAUUGUAGUCUUAGGACUUAAAUGGUACUAUAACUAUGUACCAACUAUUGAGCAUUGCAAUACUUCAACUAUUGAAUGAACCAAAUUGAUAUCUUAAAUGCAUUUAAAUGUUACUACCUCCGUCCCGUUGGAA